CAUAUAUUAAACAGUAAAACGUAUUGUGUUGUAAUUAUCAAGUUGUUUAUUUGUUGUAACAAUGGUUGAAAAAUUCGUUGGUAAAUGGAAAAUGACUUCAAGUGACAAUUUUGAUGAAUACAUGAAGGCUGUAGGUGCUGGUUUUGCCUCUCGACAAAUGGCUAACCUAGCAAAACCCAGUCUGACGAUUGCUUUGGGUGAAGAGGGGUCCAUCUCUAUGAAAGCUGUCACUACUUUCAAGACCCUGGAAAUUCAAUUCAAAUUAGAGGAAGAAUUUGAUGAGACGACAGCAGAUGACAGAAAAGUGAAGACUAUUAUGAGCCUUGUAGAUGGUAAACUUAUUCAAAGGCAGACCUGGGAAGGGAAGACCACAAUAAUUGAAAGAGAAGUUCAGGACACCAAAAUGAUAGCGAAAUGCACCAUGGAUGAUGUGGUCGCUAUCAGGACAUAUGAGAAAGAUGCAUGACCAGAUGAACUGUGCCUCAAGAAAGAUUGAAGACUUUGUUCGAUUUGAAUGACUGAGUCUUAAUUUGAUGUGAUAUAUAAACUGCUUUGUUGCAAUAAAAAAACUUUUUUUUUGCUUUAUAAAUGUAAUAAAAUAUUAAAAAAUA